AUGUCGGUAAAGGGCUCCGAUGCCUGGAGAGCCGAUGACAAAGGGCCAGAGAUAUUAUGGGUUUGCUGGACUAUGGCUGGCCUGACGACAGCUUUUGUCUCAGCUCGAGUAUGGUGCAGACGUCGCAUUGGAAGGCACUUUUACGGCGAUGACUACUGCUGCAUCAUAUCUCUGGUCUUGAUCCUCGCAUCAUGUGCUGCAGCUACUGUGGCUAUCAGCUAUGGGUAUGGCCGACAUAUGGAAGUGCUUUCAUAUGAGCAGAAGAAAGGUGCCAUCUUCUGGGCGCAUAUUGGUUUUGCCCCAGGGAUCAUGUCUUUCGCUGUCCCCAAGUUGGCUCUUGUUGCCCUGUUGACGCGGUUGAUGAACCCGGCGCGAUAUCACCUUUGGUUCCUCUGGGGCAUCACCGUUUUGUGUCUACUUACACAUAUCGUGGUUCCUGGUCUGCAUUUUGGCCGCUGCGUUCCAGUACAAUCAAUUUGGGAUGAGGCCGUCCCAGGGGUCUGCUUCGACCCCGAGAUCACGGUUGCUUAUUCCAUCUAUGGCGGAGUUCUUUCGGCUUUUGUAGAUGUUUACUUGGCUUUGUACCCAACGGUUGUUCUCUUCCGUCUUCAAAUGCCUAUGAAGAAGAAAAUAGCUUUGAGCUUAGCCCUUGGGGUAGGAUCAAUUGGUGGCGCGGUUGCCAUUAUCAAGACUAUCCGACUUCCAUUAUUACGUGAAAACGAUUUCACCUACCAUACCUCUGACCUCCAGAUACGGACAGUGGUUGAAGGGAGCACGAUCACGAUAGCAUCUACGAUCCCUGUCCUCCAGCCGCUGAUUGAGAUCAUCCUGCGGCGGAACCCCUUCAGCACAGCCAAGAACACCACCGACGACUCGCCCAAGUUCUACGAGGAUUACGCUUUACAAAGAGAGUCGCGCGGAGGUAGCAAGAUCGAGCUGGGGCAGCGCAAGCCGAAGCCCAAACACCGAGACGACCUGGGGUUGACCAUCAUGGAGGACGACAGCCAGGAGAACAUCCUCACGGGCGACAAGAGGCCGGCCCCGGCGUUCAUGUCAGACAAGGCCGAGACGACUCCGCCUCAGUCAGCGGAUGGGGGAAUCGUCCGAACCGACGUUGUCUGUGUUUCGUUCGAGGACAGGAGUAGUCAGCUGGCAGAGAAGCUGGUUUUGAGUAAAUGGGAUAUUGUUUGA